GGCCGCCCGAGGAAGAAGACAGUUAGGAUGUCCGUGGUAACUGGAAGGCUGAGAGAUCCUGACAUAAAUCCUUGCUUGUUGGCAUCUGAUGCUUCUACCAGAUGUAUGGAUGAGAAUAACUAUGAGAGGGGAAGGUGUUCCACUCACUUCCUGAAGUACAAAAACUGCCGGAAGUUCUGGAAUGCUAUCAUGAUCCAGAGAAGACGGAAGGGAGUGAAGCCAUCUAUGCCUACAGCAGCAGAGAGAGACAUAAUCUUGGGAGCAAUGGGCAAGAUGCCCUAUUGAGUGUUUGCAUUAAAGUGGUUUAUUUAACUCAGAAAAAAAAAAAACAAAACAAAAAAACACUUUCCAAAA